CUUCAAUUGACCCCACGCGGAGAGCGGCAAGCACCAGGGAGACGCUUUUGAAAAACUAACCGACUGCGAGUCGCUGAUAUCCAUCUACAUCCAACUCUGAGUUAUUGCCCCUCUUCUCGGAAUUGGAAGGCAGCUGUCGAUAUGGCCUCCCUACGCCCUACAUCCCGCCUACUCGCGGCCUCUCGACCUCUAUUCCGCAUCUCCGUAGCCUCGAGAUCUUAUGCCACCGUGGAGCCUGCAUCCAAGGUCGCGGAUCAAUCUACCCCAUCGACUUCGCAAUCCCCAAGACUCAAGACCUUCAAGAUCUACAGAUGGAACCCGGACAAGCCCACCGAGAAGCCCUACAUGCACGACUAUACUCUCGACCUGAACAAGACCGGGCCCAUGGUGCUGGAUGCCCUGAUCAGAAUAAAAAACGAACAGGACCCCACCCUGACCUUCCGGAGAAGUUGCAGAGAAGGCAUCUGCGGGAGCUGUGCCAUGAACAUUGACGGCGUUAACACCCUGGCUUGCUUAUGCCGCAUUCCUACCGAGACCACCAAAGAGUCCAGAAUCUAUCCUCUCCCUCACACCUACGUGGUCAAAGAUCUAGUUCCCGAUCUAACCUACUUCUACAAGCAAUACAAAUCAAUCAAGCCAUACCUACAGCGCGACACACCUUCUCCAGACGGCCGCGAAAUCCGCCAAUCGCCCGCAGACCGCAAAAAACUCGACGGUCUUUACGAGUGCAUCCUGUGCGCCUGCUGCUCAACCUCCUGUCCAUCCUACUGGUGGAACUCGGAAGAAUACCUCGGCCCCGCUCUCCUGCUGCAGUCUUACCGGUGGCUAAUUGACUCACGCGACGAGAAAACCGAAGAGCGCAAGGCUCACCUCGACAACAGCAUGAGUGUGUAUAGAUGCCACACCAUUCUCAACUGCACGAGGACGUGCCCCAAGGGAUUGAACCCCGGUCUGGCCAUUGCGGAGAUUAAGAAGAUGAUGGCCUUUGCGUAAUAAAUAGGAUCGUGCUGCUUUUUCUGCUUCUGUUUUAAAUUUUGGUCUCCUUUUAGGUUUUGGAUCCUUCAAUCGGUUAGCGCCUGUGCUUGUGGUGCCAUUUUGCUACUAUGGCGCCGCAGUCCUUUCGUUCUCUCUUACAGCUCGCUGUGCCGUGACUUCCUACGACAUGCGUCACGGGUCCAGAUCCGUACUAGCAGCAAAAGCAACCCCGGCUCCCCCGUUUCCGGCAUCGAGAGUGCAGGUGUUGGAAUACGGAGAUUCAGUUUGUUCGUUAUCUAUUUUCCUUUGGUCAUGAGUUUCUAGCUUUCUCUUGUUGACAUAAUGUUCAAGCUGUUAUUUAUUUUCUCGUUUCCUGUUCCAUCUUUUUCCACCUCUGUACAUAUAUGGAGAAUUAUCAACUAGUGAAAUGUCUUAACCAUGUAUAAAACCACCGUUAAAUAAAACAAGCAGACCAAAAAUAAAUGAUUGAAUCAAC